AUGGAAGAUUCACUCCAAACCAAUGAGUCCCCAAGUUCCGUCACUGCAAAACAAAGGAACAUUCCAUUGAUCAUUCCAAAAGGUUUAAAUGUUGAUGACAAAACUCUCUUUCGUAAGAAGAGUGUUACUUUUAAUUCACCGUCAUCAACAGGGCAAUCAUCUCCUCCUCCUUCAAUAGUAAUUACAAAAACAACAACUGAUAACAGUGUACCAGUGAUAGAUAUUCAAGAGGAAGAGCCAACAAGUAAAUAUUAUCAGAUGGAGGAAGAUGAAACUCCUAGAAGCAUUUUGACUUCAUCGGAAAUCAAAUCAAGAAGAAACAGUAUCAAGUCAUCCCGUAGAAAGUCAAUAAAACAACAACCACCCAAACUUAAGCACGCAAUGAUGACAUGGUUCAGAACCCAAAAAGAAUCAUUGAAACAAAAAGCAAAAUCUGCCACUCCAGAAGCAAUGUUAACAACAGGUCCUAUUGUUAAAUUGUUUAAAUAUGGAAAAAUUCCAUGGAAGUUACUCAUACAGUGUCUUCUUUUAAUUUUAAUAACUACUAAGGUUGUUUUAUUAUCAGAAAAAAGAAAUAACUAUUUCAUUAAUAAUGACAUUACCUUUGCAACAUCCUUUUUGAAGGAUGGAUUUGAGAAUUAUGAGGCAAAUGUUGAUGGCUUUUUUAGUAGCUACUUUUAUUCUACUGAUGAUGUAAUUGCAGAUAUCAGCAAUACUGUUUCUUCUUAUUAUUUAUUUCCUAGAAAGAAUGUUGAUGUUUGGGUAUUUCCAAGAGACCUUUCAAGAGGAGAUCUUAUCAGUCCUGUUGAGGCAAAGCUCUCCCUCUUUACGGAAAGCCCAAGGGACUUUAUUUUAAAUGGUUCUGAUACGACGUUUAGUCGUGAACCUCUAAUAGAGGAAUCUGAUUUAUUGACUCUUGAUAAGCCUUUAGGAUCAGUAUUGGAAGGGUAUUUUGCUAAUAAUUCAAGAUCAUUAUUUGAUAGACUUGACAAACUUACUCUAAAAUUUAGUAUUAUUGGUUUGGAUAGAAGUAAUUAUGUUGUGAAUGGGUUUGCAGAAUGUGUAUUUUGGACUAUUACCAAGACAUACAGAAACAAUGAAGGUGGUAAACUUACUUCUUUUAUUCUAAGAGAUUAUGACAUUUGCAAUAGAACAGACAGAAAAGCAGUCAUGGAAUUUUACAAACCAUCCAUAUGGGUUUCCUUAGUAAUAUCUUUUGCAAGUGCUCUUGCUCUUGCUCUAGACGUUAAGUCUGUGAUUUUUAGACUCAGAAUGUUCAAAAAGAUAAGAGAUCUUGAAACACUAAAGCAUGUUGGUCAGGUUAUACCAAUCAACUCUGAUGACAAUUUUAUCAAGCAAAAAAUCAAGAGAAUCAUUUAUCAUAGAUAUAAGAAUAUUUGCUUAGCCGAUUUACCUGGUGUUCUAUCGUACUGGUUCAUUUUCUCCUUUUCACAACACAUGACAAACAUGUUCUCAUUCAUUUUUGAAUUGCUUACUCCAGGUAAUAUACAAAUUAAUAGCUUUUUCAUUGGUAUGAGUUGUAUGCUUACAUAUUCAAGUACUAUGAGAUUUUUCCAAUUUCACAAUGAAUUUUACAUGUUCAGUAAAGCAUUUGAGAGAGGUUUACCCCAAGUGAUUAGAUUUAUUAUUACAACAUUACCUCUAUAUAUUGGAUUUGGUGUUUUGGGAACCGUGAUGUUUGGUGAAUAUUCUAGAUAUUUCUUAGAUUUGAAUGAAUCACUGGUAACUCUAUUUUCCCUAAUUUUCCAAGACAACAUGCACGAUACUUUUGACAGUGUUUUUGGUAACAAGACAUUUACGGCAUACUUUUCCAGACUUUACAUUUAUGUUUAUACAGCUAUUUUUAUUUGUGUAAUAGCCAACGUUUUUACCAGUAUCAUGGAAGAUGCCUUCUUCUCGUUGAAAGAAAAUCAAGAAAAUCUUAAUAAUCAGGUUCAAGAGGAAGAAAAGAAAAAUACCACCACUUCCACUUCAGUUCCUAACAAUAAUGAGGAUGAUAGCGAUUACGAUACAGAAUCUAAUGUGUCCGUUAUGGAUGUAUCUCUAGCAGACAUAACUGAUGAAGAAGAAAUUUAUUGGAAUCAAGCUAUUGAAAGAGAGCAAAAGAAGGAAAAUAAUCUCGUUGAAACAAAGAACAAAUACUUCCCAAAUGAACCAAAAAGUUUGAGUUAUAUUCUAGACGAGGAAAGUAUUGAGGAUAACAUUGAUCGUAUUCUUUUUAUUGUAAAGGAAGCUUGUAAUGGUAAGGUACUAACGGAAGAACAACAAUCUCUGUUGGAAGAAAUUGAAAGAAAUGCCCAAUCUGUCUAUUCAAAUAGAACAUUUGUAGAACUUGAUGAAGACCAUCUCAUCGGAAAACCAACUCUACUGAUCAAUAUUAAUUAUUUCCCCUCUGUAUUGAAUUAUUUGAUGAGUUUGGAUUUUACAUUGGAAAACAGAGCAAAUAUUAUUGGAUUUGGAGGCGAUUUGCAGAGUAUUGAUACUCUUCGUGAUUAUGUUCUCUACCACGAAUUUCCAUACCCUGUAUUCAAGACAGAUUCUUGUGAUUUCAUACUGCAAUUAUUAGACCAAGAGGGAAAUUUAUUCUCAACAUAUUACGAUGAAAUGGAAAUAUUUGAGAGGCUGGUUAGAGAUACUGAUGAUAUUAUUGAGAAGUCAAUUCACAUUCAGAUGAAGGAGUUUGAAUGGCAGAGAUUGGACAAACCAAUUGAACGGUUACUUCAACCUCAAACUCUCUUUCAGUAUCCAACUUUUUUGGAGAAAGCAGACAAACAUUUAUUUAUUUCGGAUACGUUUCAUAAUAGAAUAGUAAAGAUGAAACCUGAUGGACAUGUGGAAUAUGUUUUUGGUGAUGGCUUUGCUGGACUUAAGGAUGGAAUAUUUUCUGAUUGUAAAUUUUAUAGACCUCAAGGUCUAUUUCAUGACAUUCAACAAAAUCAAAUAAUUGUGGCUGAUACUAAUAAUAAUACAAUUAGAAGAAUCAAUCUCAAUGAAAAUUUUGUUUCAACCCUUAUUCAAAACAACUUGGGACAAGGUACUGAUUUGGAAAGUUAUCUUCUUAGAGAUGACACUACACGAAUUAUGCUCACAGAAGAAUAUAUUGAAAAACAAUUUAUUUUCGAAAGAGAAAAAGAAUGGUUAAAGAAUACUCCUAAACCACUAACUGUUGAUUUUACUGCAUGCUCCAAAGCCAUAAGCAAACCUGUAGACCUUUUUAUCAAUUAUGAUGAAAAUUGCUUAUAUGUUGCAGAAACGGGAUAUAGACAUAUAUGGAAAAUAAGGUUGGAAAAUGGACUUGUUGAGGAUGUAUUACCAAUAAUGAUACACAAAUAUUUGAGAAAUGAUUUCAGCAAAUACAUCUCUCAGGUAUUUCCCUCACUAGAACUUAACAGUAGAGCUAACCAAUCUCGGAAGAAUUUAUUUGCGGAAUUUAGCUUUUUAAAGCAUAGAUCUUCAAUUCAACAAAACAAAACCCCCUCCUUCCAUUAUAUCAUUGAGAGCCCAACCGCUCUUUAUCGACCACAUUCAGAUAAUGAAUACAAAUUCAGACAAAUUAAGGUGACACCCUCUUCAACUCUCACAUCCACAACAAUCGGUAAUGAUGGUAUAAUAGAAUCUGUAGCUUGUAAAACUAUUUUUACUUCUACAGGAAUUGGAUUCAAAAAUGGUUCAAUCGUCGGAAAAGAAAAACCAGAGUUUAAUCACCCUAUUUCAAUCGUAAAGAUUGAAAAUGAUCUGUUCAUUUCUGAUUCUUGUAAGUAA